AUUAUCAUUAAUCCCCAAGAAGUAAUACUGUGAUUGAUCAAAUCGAUAGUCAUUAGUUCUAUAAUUCUAACUCAUAUAAUUAUUUCUUUUUUCCGCCUACAAAAUUAUACUAUCAAUUUAUAAAUUCUAAUUCAUGUUUCAAUUUUGUGUGGUGCAUGAAUUUAGUUCCUCACAUCAUCAAUUUAUGUUUCUAUUAUUUGUAUUACUCUGUAUUAGAUGGUGUUCUCUUUAUUUUUGAUUUGUUUACUUUAUUUUUUAUUUUUUUUAUAUUAAUUGCUAAUGAGAGUAAGAGUUUAGGGGAUAUAGUUUCAUACCAUAAAAUGGUAACGUUUAAAAAAAUUUAUAAUCUUUAUAAUUUUAUGGUAAAUAAUUAUAUAAUUUUUUUAUCAAAGUGUCUUAGAAGUUUGGUGUAUAGUUUCCAGUGUUGUUAGGGUCGAGGGUCGCACCGGGUCGAUAAGGUGAAAAUUCGGGUCGCGAGUCGACGAGUCGACUGGGUCGAGAGACCCACUAAUCUGCACACAAAAUUCAAAAAGAAGAUGAAAGUUAGAACAAUACCUUGAUUAAACAAAGGAAGGAAUAGAUGAAGGGUGGCUCUGUAUAUUUGUUUAGGAAUGAAGAGGAUGAAUUUAGGGUUUGAAAAGCUUGAUGGUGUUCAUGCAUAUAUAUAGAUAAAAACGAGUGCAGUCAGAAUAUAAGUGUGAGAGAUUUUUGAAAAUCGGAAUAUAAGUGUGAGAGAUUUGAAGAAAAACGUGUGCAGUCAGAAUAUAAGUGUGAGAGAUUUGAGGAAAAAAGGCUGAGAUUUGAGAGGAGCACACUGUUGAGAUCAGAGAGGAGAAAAACGUGUGCUGCUGUUGAGAUUAGUGAAAAUCAGAGCAAAAGUGUGAAAGAUUUGAGAAAAUCAGCAGACUUUUAGGUAAGUUUUUACUUUUAUACUUAUGUUUAUUUUAGUAAAAACAAAUCAGCAUUAAAAAGGAAAAGAUUCAGAGAAUAAAGGUCUAGGAAUUACCUGUAUCUCGACCCGGCGGCGACCCUCUCGACCCAGGCGACCCUCUCGACCCGGGCGACCCCGUACCUCGAUCAACCCACCCAUGUUGGGGCGGUGACGGUCUCGACCCGGGCGACCCGGGCGACCCGAGCGACCCGGGCGCCAUUUUGACAACACUGAUAGUUUCUCACUUGAGAAAAUGUUGUUCUCUUUAACUUUUGUAAAAAGGCUAUAAGUAAGAAUUAAAUAUUCUAAUACUAUUAUUUUUAAAAAUAUAUAUAUCUUUAUAUUAUUCAUUUUUAUAUUUCAGCACCGGCUUGUUUAUACUUCUGGUUCCGUCACUGGGGAUUAGUAUACAAUCUGAAAAUUCUAUUUUAGCCACUAAAAUGUGAGCAUGGAGUGGUUUUAAACUCUAUGUAGUAGCUUGUGAAAUCAUAGACUAAUUUUAAAUAAUGAAACUUAUCUUCUUGAUGGAAUUUAGGAUAAUAUCAAGUAUGGGCUGCCUUGUUAAUGCAAUAAUAUUAUGUGGUUAUUUUGAAGAUGAAAAUUUCGUUGAUAACAGAGGACUUUUCGGACAACCUAUAUGUUUGGAUCAAAGUUGAAAAUUGUGUUUUGGCUUAUCAAUUUGGCCUGGGAAUCACCUUCUUUAUAUAAAAUGAGUAGGAGUAUGAAUUAUGAUGAAAAGAAUGAACCUUGAGAUGUACUAUAGUUUGGGACAGCCUUGAGAACUCAGUUUUUCUGGGAUUUCUUAUUUAGUUAAGUUGAACUACCUAUUGACACUUUAACUUAGUAUAUGUGAUGCAAUGACAUUAUUCUGUAAUGUGAAUACAUUACGAGCUUCUCACCUCCUAUCUCUCCCUUUUGCUUAGUAAAGUGGCGAGGUAUCUCGCUUGAUGGGCAGCGGCGCGUGUCAAGUUACUAUCUCUUUUUCCAGUAAAGUUGAAGUGUUACACGUGGCAUACUUAGUUGAGGGUUAUAUAUCUAAAUUCACUUGACGGGUAGAAACCAACAAGCAUUCCAUAUGUGAUACUUGCAGAAUGCCGAAUGCCAUUUUCUGCAAUUACAUCAGGCAGUUGCAGAGAUAUGCACCAAGCAUCUCCUCGUUCUUCAUUGUUGUCGAAAUUCCAAAAGCUUCUUGUUCAUACUCUUCAGCACCCAUUAAUCGUGAUGAAGAAAGUGAACGAGAGUAUGGAUACAGACAAAAUGACCAUGAAACAAAGGAGAAAGCAGAACCUUCUAUUGGCUCUCCAGCUCGAAUCCAAAAGUUGAUAGCUUCUCAAACAGAUCCACUUCUGGCAAAGGAAAUCUUUGACUUGGCUUCACGUCAGCCCAACUUCCGCCAUUCCUAUGCUACCUAUCACACCCUCAUUCUCAAACUGGGCCGCUCUCGCCAUUUCUCUCUCAUGAAUGCCGUCAUCUCAAGCCUCAAGUCUCUUGAUUAUUCCAUUUCCCCUUCUCUCUUUACCCACAUCAUCCAAAUAUAUGGUGAUGCAAACCAACCCGAGAAAGCUCUCAAAACAUUCUAUACAAUUCUUGAAUUCAAUAUUAAGCCCCGUCAGAAACACCUCAACUGCAUCCUCGAAAUCCUCGUUGCCAACAGUAACUUCCUCCGCGCUGCGUUUGACCUUUUCCGGGCUGCCCACAGAUAUGGAGUCCCCCCUAACACAAAUUCCUACAACAUCAUGAUGCGAGCCUUUUGCCUGAAUGGCGACUUGAGCAUUGCAUAUACUUUGUUCAAUCACAUGUUUAAGCGUGAUGUUCUUCCUGAUGUGGAGUCAUAUCGGAUUCUAAUGCAAGCACUGUGCAGGAAGAGUCAGGUGAAUAAAGCUGUUGAUUUACUGGAGGACAUGCUAAACAAAGGGUUUGUGCCCGACAGUUUAAGCUACACCACUCUUUUGAAUAGCUUGUGCAGGAAAAAAAAGCUGAAGGAGGCGUAUAAGCUUCUUUGUCGGAUGAAAAUGAAGGGAUGCAAUCCUGAUAUUGUCCAUUAUAAUACAGUUAUCUCAGGUUAUUGCAAGGUAGGGUGUGCUGCUGAUGCCUGUAAGGUUCUUGAUGACAUGUCUUCAAAUGGGUGCUUACCAAAUUUGUCAUCAUAUCAAAAUAUAGUGGGGGGCCUGUGCAAUCAGGGCAUGUACGACGAGGCCAAGAGGUAUAUCAAGGUAAUGGUGUCCAAGGAGUUUCGUCCACAUUUUUCAGUUAUACAUAUGCUUGUACAAGGCUGCUGUAAACUUGGUAAACUAGAGGAUGCUUGUGAAGUGUUGAGUGAGUUGUUGAGGCAUGGGAGCGUUCCACAUACCGACACUUGGGGUGAAAUUGUAGCGCGGAUCUGUGAGGAAGAAGAUGCAGAAGCAAUAGAAGAAGCCUUAAAACAGACUGUGAAGGUGGAGAUUAAGUCUGAUACUAGAUUAGUAGAUGCUGGUGCUGGCUUGGAGGAAUACUUGAUGAGGAAAAUAAAGAGUAGGUCUAGGCCACGAUAGUCGCGGUUGCUCAGUAGGUCAAAUAUACUGUCAAGGCAACUGAAGCCCAAAUUGUUCUGUAGUUCUAAUGCUCAAGUUAUAUUUGUAAGUUUUGCCUUAUAAAUUCAAAGUGCAUUUAGCAUAA